GUGGAGCGGCUGCUCCCCUCCCCGUGGGGCCUUGGCGACCUGAGGCGGUGCAGAGUCUGCAGCAAUGAGAAGCCUGAGGCAGGGCCCAGAAUGGGUGGGCAGAGGCGGCCGCAAGGUCUUGCGCAUCUGGUUCGGCAAAAUGUCGGUGAAGGAGGGUGCCCAGCGCAAGUGGGCAGCACUGAAGGAGAAGCUGGGGCCGCAGGACUCGGACCCCACGGAGGCCAACCUGGAGAGCGCCGAGCCCGAGCUGUGCAUCCGGCUGCUGCAGAUGCCCUCUGUGGUCAACUACUCGGGGCUGCGCAAGCGGCUGGAGAGCAGCGAUGGCGGCUGGAUGGUGCAGUUCCUGGAGCAGAGUGGCUUGGACCUGCUGCUUGAGGCGUUGGCGCGGCUGUCAGGCCGCGGGGUGUCUCGCAUUGCUGACGCCCUUCUGCAGCUCACCUGUGUCAGCUGCGUGCGCGCCGUCCUGAACUCGCAGCCGGGCAUUGGGUACAUCCUCAGCAACCAGGGCUAUGUGCGCCAGCUCUCCCUGGCCCUGGACACAUCCAACGUGAUGGUCAAGAAGCAGGUGUUCGAGCUGCUGGCCGCCUUGUGCAUCUACUCACCUGAGGGCCACGCGCUGACGCUGGAUGCCCUAGACCACUACAAGACGGUGUGCAGCCAGCAGUACCGCUUCAGUGUCAUCAUGAACGAGCUGUCCGACAGUGACAACGUACCCUACGUCGUCACCCUGCUGAGUGUGAUCAAUGCCGUCAUCCUGGGCCCCGAGGACCUCCGCAUCCGCACCCAGCUGCGCUGCGAGUUCAUUGGGCUGCAGCUGCUGGACAUUCUGACCCGGCUGAGGGACCUGGAGGACGCCGACCUGCUGAUCCAGCUGGAGGCCUUUGAGGAGGCCAAGGCAGAGGACGAGGAGGAGCUGCUGCGCGUGUGUGAUGGCGUCAACAUGAACAGCCACCAGGAGGUUUUUGCCUCGCUCUUCCACAAGGUGAGCUGCUCCCCAGCGUCGGCCCAGUUGUUGUCUGUGCUGCAGGGCCUCCUGCACCUGGAGCCCUCUGGCCGCUCGGGUCAGCUGCUCUGGGAGGCCCUGGAGAGCCUGGUGAACCGGGCUGUGCUUCUGGCCAGUGAUGCCCAGGAGUGCACCCUGGAGGAAGUGGUCGAGCGGCUGCUGGCUGGCAAAGGGAGGCCUCGUCCGAGCCCCCUGGACCAGGCCCACAAGAGUGUCCAAGCUGACCUUGACCAGAAUCAGAGGGCCAUGCCCCCUGGAGACACUACUGCCCCCCGAGCUGGUGUAGGGGGUGCCUGGCAACCAGCAGUGGCUCCUGCUUGCCAGCGGGUGGCCAGCAUCCAGAGCUCCAGCGUGACAACUGUACAGCCCGCAGCGCCCCCACAGAGGACACCCAGCCCACCCCCACCUGUGCCCCUUCUCCCAGGCCCCACCACCAGGCCUCCCCUACACCCCCUGCCAGGCCUAGGGACUACACCUCCCCCUCCUCCCCUGCCCAGCUUGGAGGCUACGCCUCCCCCUCCCCCUCCUCCUCCCCUGCCCAACCUGGGGGCUACACCUCCCCCUCCUCCUCCCCUGCCCAACCUGGGGGCUACACCUCCCCCUCCUCCUCCCCUGCCCAACCUGGGGGCUACACCUCCCCCUCCUCCUCCCUUGCCCAACCUGGGGGCUACACCUCCCCCUCCUCCUCCCCUGCCCAGCCUAGGAGCUACAUCUCCCCCAGCACCCCCUCCACCCCCUCCCCCUCCCCCACUCAGCCUGGGGGCUAUGCCUCCCCCUCCCCCACCUCCCCCUCCCCUGCCCAGCCUGGGGGGCUCAUUUUCCUCAGCACCCCCACCCGCACCCCCCCUGCCUGGCUUUGGCAGUGCCCUGCCCCCACCCCCUCCUCCACUCCCAGGGUGCCCUCCCCCUCCCCCUCCCCUGUUACCUGGCACCUUGGGGCUCCCCAUGGCAGCUGGCGUGGAGGAGAUCAUUGUGGCGCAAGUGGACCAUGGCCUGGGCUCCACCUGGGUCCCCAGCCACCGCAGGGUGAACCCCCCAACACUGCGCAUGAAGAAGCUCAACUGGCAGAAGCUGCCAUCCAACGUGGCCCGAGAGCGCAACUCCAUGUGGGCCACACUGAGCGGCCCAGGCACCGAGCAGGUGGAGCCUGACUUCCCCAGCAUCGAGCGGCUCUUCUCCUUCCCGGUCGCCAAGCCCAAGGAGCCCACAGCUGCCCCGGCCAGGAAGGAGCCCAAGGAGGUCACUUUUCUGGAUGCCAAGAAGAGCCUGAACCUCAAUAUCUUCCUGAAGCAGUUUAAAUGCUCCAAUGAGGAGGUCACUGCCAUGAUCCGGGCUGGGGACACGGCCAAGUUCGAUGUGGAGGUUCUCAAACAACUCCUGAAGCUCCUUCCAGAGAAGCACGAGAUUGAGAACCUUCGGGCAUUCACAGAGGAGCGAGCCAAGCUGGCCAAUGCUGACCAGUUCUACGUUCUCCUGCUGGACAUUCCCUGCUACCAGCUCCGGAUCGAGUGCAUGCUGCUGUGUGAGGGCACGGCUGUUGUGCUGGACAUGGUUCGGCCCAAGGCCCAGCUGGUACUCAGCGCCUGUGACAGCCUGCUCAACAGCCACCGGCUGCCUGUCUUCUGCCAGCUGAUCCUGAAGAUCGGGAACUUCCUCAACUACGGCAGCCACACGGGGGAUGCUGACGGCUUCAAGAUCAGCACGCUGCUGAAGCUCACAGAGACCAAGUCACAGCAGAACCGUGUGACGCUACUGCACCACGUGCUGGAGGAAGUGGAAAAGAGCCACCCGGACCUGCUGCAGCUCCCUAGAGACCUGGAGCAGCCAUCCCAAGCAGCAGGGAUCAACGUGGAGAUCAUCCGCGCAGAGGCCAGUACCAACCUGAAGAAGCUGCUGGACGCGGAGCGGAAGCUGUCCACCUCCGCCCCUGAGGUGCAGGAGCAGUACAAGCAUCGCCUGCAGGCCAGCAUCACAGCCUCCCAAGAGCUGGACUCGGUGUUCAAGGCCAUUGAGCAGAGGAAGCUGGAGCUGGCCGACUACCUGUGCGAAGACCCCCAGCAGCUGUCCCUGGAGGACACGUUCAGCACCAUGAGGACCUUCCGGGACCUCUUCACAUGUUCCCUGAAGGAGAACAAGGACAGGAAGGAGCAGGUGGCGAAGGCAGAGAGGAGGAAGCGGCAGCUGGCAGAGGAGGAGGCACGGAGGCCGCAGGGCAAGGACGGGAAGCCUGGGAAGAAGGCGGCUGGGAGGCAGGAGGAGGUAUGCGUGAUUGAUGCCCUGCUGGCGGACAUCAGAAAGGGCUUCCAGCUGCGCAAGACCACCCGCGGCCGAGGGGAAGCCGAAGGAAGUGGCAGGCUGGCCGUGGCGGACCCCCUCAGGGCCCGGGAGCCUGCAGCUGCCAGUGACCCUGUGCAGGGCCCCACAGGUGGCACAGGCUGCCCCGCCCUAGAGCUGGACCUUCGUGCCGCAGUGAGCAGUGAGCCACAGGGCUGCGAUUCUCUGGACACAGUGACCCCCAGCCCAGCACCCUGUGGCGAGGAGAGUGGCCCACCGCCCGUGGAGCGGCGCUCCUCCUGGUACGUUGAUGCCAGUGACUUCCUGGACACCGAGGAUGCGCUGAGCACCUGCCCCUCCAAGGAGGCCUGGCCGGUGGCCUUGGGAGACUCUCACACGCUGAAGCCUCUGCAGUUCUCCAGCAAAGAGCCUCCAGGACCACAGAGUUCAGGACCCCAGGAUGCCGAGGACCCUGAAGCUUCUCAGGCCAGGGCAGACAGCACAAGCCAAGGACCGGAGGACAUAGGCCCUGGUGGGGACGAGGACAGGGAGGACACAGCCCCAGAGUCUGCACUGGACACAUCCUUGGACAAGUCCUUCUCCGAAGACAUGGUGACAGACUCCUCUGGGUCUGGCUCCCUCCCCAGGACCCGGGGCCAAACCUCGAAGGGCUCGAGCAAGCGGAGGAAGAAGCGUUCCUCUAGGAGCCAGGAGGAGGUUGCCCCUGAUUCUGAUGAUAAUAAAACAAAAAGGCUGUGUGUAAUCCAGUGAGGCCUCAGGCCCAAGCCCAAAGCCAAGUGAGAGGCGCACAGCCCUGGCACCGCAUGGCCCUGGACAUGCUGCUAGGAGGCUCCUCUGACCAGGCUGGGACUGGGCCCCGAGGAGCCCCCGAGGAACUCUGUGCCUUACCCAGCCGGGGGCCUUGAAGCCUCCUGGUGGUGUGGCCAGGACCCCACAGACUCCAGCGCUCAGGCCUGGCACCUCCUGCACCACCUGCACGCACACAGCUCGUGACCUGCUUCGUGACCUGACACCGCUCAUGCCCCGGUCUGUGGGCCCAGCACUGCUCUCCAGGUGCCUCGCCCUCGGGAGAUGUCGCCUACCCCUUCCUCCGUCAGCUCAGCCAGGGCAGUUUUGUGUGUGUGUGUGUGUUCUGGAGACAGACUCUUGAUAAGUUGCCCAAACUGGCCUCCAACUUGGGACCCUCCUGCCUCAGUGUCCUGUGUGGCUGGGGUUAUAGGCACGUGCCACCCCGCUCAGUGCUCAGCUGGUUUUUGAUCGGAAGACGUUUCAGCCUCUGUUUGAGUCUAUGCUGUCCAGAGGCAGCUGUGUUGGGGCAGUGCAGGAACUCCAGGCCUGAGCUGAGGCAGCCCAGUGGGCAGUGCCAUGGGCAGUGUGCCCAGCCCCUUAGGGUCACCGGGGGCUGCCCUGUGACCCUGCACCUCGAGUGGCCACCUCAUCAGCACCCUCCCAGGACCCGCUGCCCAGGGCCCAGGUGGACCACUGAGGCUGGAAGCAGAGGGACUUUGACCAAUAAAAAGCAAGCCUGGCCCAGCA